GAGCCGGGCCGGUGUCUUGGGCACCCGCUCCCCGGUGAGCACCCGCCGGGGCGGAGGGCGAUGUCUGCCGGGGCCCGCCGCGGUCCCCGGGGCAGCCGGGCGCAGCCGCUCGCGCCCCUCUGGUGCUUCUCGGCCGCGCUGGGCGUGCUGUGGACCCCCGGCUCGCAGGCGUUCAACUUGGACGUGGACAAGCUCACGGUGUACAGCGGCCCCGAGGGCAGCUACUUCGGCUACGCGGUGGACUUCCAUAUACCUGCCGCUCGCACAGCGAGUGUCUUGGUGGGGGCGCCCAAAGCCAACACCAGCCAGCCAGACAUCGUGGAAGGGGGAGCCGUCUAUUACUGUCCUUGGCCCAACGAGGGGUCUGCGCAGUGCAAGCAGAUACCGUUUGACAACACCAACAACAGAAAGAUCAGAGUUAAUGGAACCAAGGAACCUAUAGAAUUUAAAUCCAAUCAGUGGUUUGGAGCAACAGUGAAAGCUCACAAAGGGGAAGUUGUGGCCUGUGCCUCUCUGUAUCACUGGAGAACUCUUAAACCAACACCAGAAAAGGACCCAGUUGGCACUUGCUAUGUAGCGAUCCAGAAUUUCAGUGCGUACGCAGAGUACUCUCCCUGUCGGAACAGUAAUGCUGAUCCAGAAGGCCAGGGUUACUGCCAAGCAGGAUUUAGUCUGGAUUUUUAUAAGAAUGGAGACCUCAUAGUAGGAGGACCGGGAAGUUUUUACUGGCAAGGUCAGGUGAUCACUGCCAGUAUUGCAGAUAUCAUUGCAAAUUACUCAUUCAAGGAUAUUCUAAGGAAAUUGGCUCGAGAAAAACAGACAGACGUGGCUCCAGCUUCCUAUGAUGAUAGUUACCUUGGAUAUUCAGUUGCUGCUGGGGAAUUUACUGGAGACUCUGAGCAAGAACUGGUUGCUGGCAUUCCAAGAGGAGCACAGAAUUUUGGAUAUGUUUCAAUCAUUAACUCUACAGAUAUGACUUUUAUUCAGAACUUCACUGGCGAACAGAUGGCAUCUUAUUUUGGAUAUACGGUCACAGUGUCAGAUGUUAACAAUGAUGGAAUGGAUGACGUACUGAUCGGGGCACCUCUCUUUAUGGAACGUGAAUUUGAGAGCAGCCCUAGAGAAGUAGGGCAAGUUUACCUGUAUUUGCAAGUGAGCGCGCUUGUCUUCAGGGACCCGCAGAUCCUUGCAGGAACCGAGGUUUUUGGGAGAUUCGGUAGUGCUGUGGCACACUUAGGAGACCUGAACCAAGAUGGAUACAAUGACAUUGCCAUCGGAGCACCCUUUGCAGGCAAGGAUCAAAGAGGCAAAGUGCUCAUUUACAACGGGAACAAGGAUGGCUUAAACACCAAGCCUUCCCAAACUCUGCAGGGAGUGUGGGCCUCACAGACCAUCCCUUCGGGCUUCGGCUUUACUCUAAGAGGAGACUCAGACAUAGACAAGAAUGAUUACCCAGAUUUAAUUGUAGGUGCAUUCGGAACAGGAAAAGUAGCUGUUUACAGAGCAAGACCAGUUGUGACCGUGGAUGCCCAGCUUUUGCUGCACCCAAUGAUUAUCAAUCUGGAAAAUAAAACAUGCCAGAUUCCAGAGUCUCUGUCAUCUGUGGCCUGCUUCUCUUUAAGAGUAUGUGCAUCUGUAACAGGCCAGAGCAUUUCAAAUCCAAUAGGCUUGACUGCCGAGGUGCACGUAGACUCCCUAAAACAAAAAGGAGCCAUUAAGCGCACGCUCUUCCUUGACAACCAUCAGUCCCAUCGCAUCUUCCCCCUUCCCAUAAAGGGGCAGAAAUCCCUCCACUGCCAGGAUUUUGUCGUUUACCUCCGAGAUGAAACUGAAUUCCGAGAUAAAUUAUCUCCAAUCAACAUUAGCUUGAACUACAGUUUGGAUGAAUCCACCUUUAAAGAAGGCCCAGAAGUGCAACCGAUAUUGAAUUACUACAUGGAAAACACCGUGACCCAACAGGCUCACAUCCUGGUGGAUUGUGGCAAAGACAACGUGUGCAUUCCUGACUUGAAGCUGUCAGCUAGACCAGAUAAGCAUCAGGUCAUCAUUGGAGAUGAAAAUCAUCUUACGCUCAUAAUCAAUGCAAGAAACGAAGGAGAAGGUGCCUACGAAGCUGAACUCUUUGUGAUAAUACCAGAAGCGGCAGAUUAUGUUGGGAUUGAACGCAGCAACAAGGACCUGCGACCACUGAGCUGUGAGUACAAGAUGGAAAAUAUAACCAGGAUGGUGGUAUGUGACCUUGGGAACCCUAUGGUGGCAGGAACAAAUUAUUCUCUGGGCCUCCGAUUUGCAGUUCCACGUCUUGAGAAAACAAACAUGAGCAUUAACUUCGAUCUCCAAAUCAGAAGUUCCAACAAGGACAACCCAGACAGCAAUUUUGUGAGCCUGCAAAUCAACAUCACUGCUGUAGCUCAAGUAGAAAUAAGAGGAGUAUCCCACCCUCCGCAGAUUGUUCUGCCCAUUCGUAACUGGGAACCGGAAGAGGAGCCCCGCAAAGAGGAAGGAGUUGGACCAUUGGUGGAACAUAUUUAUGAGCUGCACAAUAUUGGACCGAGUACCAUCAGUGACACUCUUCUGGAGGUGGGCUGGCCAUUCUCUGCCCGGGACGAAUUUCUCCUCUACAUUUUUCAUAUCCAAACUCUGGGACCUCUGCAGUGUCAAACAAAUCCUAAUAUCAACCCACAGGAUAUAAAGCCCGCCGCCCCCCCAGAGGACACCCCCGAGCUGAGCGCCUUUUUGCGAAACUCGACCAUCCCUCAUCUUGUCAGGAAGAGAGACGUGCGGAUGCCGGAGCCCCACAGACAGAGCCCCGCAAAAAUCCUGAAUUGUACAAAUAUCGAGUGCUUACAAAUCUCCUGUGCAGUGGGGCGGCUAGAAGGAGGAGAAAGCGCCGUCCUAAAAGUCAGGUCACGGUUAUGGGCCAAGACCUUCCUCCAGAGAAAAAAUGAUCCCUAUUCUCUUGCAUCCCUGGUGUCCUUCAAAGUUAAGAAGAUGCCUUAUAAAGAUCAGCCAGCAAAACUCCCAGAAGGAAGCAUAGCAGAAACAUUCAGGAAAUCACCGUACCUCCCUGAGGCUUGUGGAUUCUUUGACAGAGCGAGACCCCCCCAAGAUGAUAUGAAUGACAGGGAGCAAUUGACAGAUGAGAAAGCCACGGAGGCGUGAGAAGUAAAAAACCCAAGCUCAAAACACACAAACACUGGUCCUGUUCAAGGAAAAGAAGGAACACAAAGGUUCAGUAAAGGUUUCCCUGUACUUGCCAGUGACCUAGGAAAUGGAAGGGCCCCAGAAAUAUCACUUCAUCUAUGCUGCACUUUGGAGAAGCUGCCACAGAGCCCAGAGAUCCUUCUGGGUGACGUAACGUCCAUCCUCAACACCGUGGAAACCAUUAGCAAUCAUGGAAGACGUCUUUUGCUUUAGUCGUUCUGUCUUUGGCAGACGCUCUGAAAUGGGCACGGGAACUCAAGUUGCUUUCCAGGUAAAUCCAACUCAAGUUGCAGAGAUGAACUGUCUGAAUCACAAUCGACUUCGGAAGGUGAACUAGGACCGAACCUUCCAACGCUACUGCAUCCAACGGAAUAUUCGACACCUCCCUAUGGAAAAGAAAUGUUUCUAAUGAAGUUAUGGCUCAGGGAGACAAGCGUUAUGUUGUUAGUACUGUGAAAGUACUUUUGAAACGACAAAGAUGAUCUUGUAACUGAGGAUAAAAAUUUAUUUAUUUAUUCUCCAUGGCUCUAGGCAGAUGUUCUGGUCAUCUAGAAUAUUUGGACAUUACAAUUUGGUUAGCUGGUUUUUGAAAUCACUCACUAAAUUUCCUUCUAAGAUAACCAUCUUGUGCAGAUAAAUUAACAGAGCUUCUUCAGGAUUUAGACAGUGUUAAGGAAAAGCAGACAGUUUCACUUAAUACCAUGCCACCUGCUACCUGAAAUCACUUUUAUUCACAUUUUCCGGGGACUCACAUCUGCUUAAUUUAGCUUUGCAAAAAGAUGUAUUUAUACUUCCUUUUAGAGAAACAAAAAUCUUCCCAUUGACUUAAUUAGCUAGAAAUACACAAAUUUCAAGGUACUCCGGAACCUGUCUGGUGGUUAAAAGUAAUGGUAAAAUUUCUAGAGUCCAUUAACAAAAAAGGAAUUUUACAAUAUGGGCGAGCAUUAUUUUUAAUAUCUAUAAGAAGCAACGCCAAUAUUUAGCUUGGGAUUAAAUACCUAUUUUCUCUACUGUACCUCAAAUUUAUAUACACAGGGAAGAUGUGUUAAGCAUACAUGGGAAAGAAAUAUAAAGUUAUGCAGAUGUGAGAUGAACCCAGAAAAGGGAUUCCUAAGAAUUUUAUUUACCAUUGUCUAUUCUAACUUUACUACUCAUUUUUACUGCUAAUCUUUAUAGUACAUACGUUUGGAAAAUAAUCUUUAUUCAAGCUAUUCUCCUGUCAUCUAAAAUUUAACCAUCACAAAAAGUUGAUGUUUAAGACUCUUGUAAAUUAUCCAUAACCGUGUGUAAUGUCAUCAUUUUUGAAGUAAACCUGACCAGCCAAAUUCAUAUAAUCUGCACAAUUUUGUAUCCUUUUUAUGAUAAUGAAAAAUUACUAUGAAGAAAUCCUGAACAAAUUUUAUAUUUAUGUGCAAUAUUUUACAGACCUAUGUAUCUAAAGCAUGUUUACACUGGCAUUAGUUAUAUUUGUAAUUAAUAUGCUGAAUAUUACAUAUAAUAGAGCAAGCGGACAAAAUCCUUCAGUUUACAAAGCAGUUGGAAAAUUUGUAUUCCCGAUGUCAACAAUCACACUUUAUUUGAAAGAUGAGCCAAACUCACAGACACUAAAUUUUCUGUCAUGCCUUGAUCUGGAGGCAAGCCAUUUGGCUACAGCUGCAGAGCUUCAUUGGAAACCAAAUGCACGGCACAUGGAAGAAUACUCUGAUGCAGUUCAUAUUUUUCCCACUUGUGAAUUAAAUCCUGUCAUGGUAGCAGUUUCAAGUGUGUAAGGACUGAUGUCUGGCUCCAGUAUGUAUGGCUGACUGUGGGUGAGAACUGCAGGUGCCUCAGAGAGUUUGAGGGUCCCACACCAGCCUCUGCGGGUCUUCCAUGUUAGUCGUCUAGGUAGAAUUGGUUUUACAGGAAGGUGGUUGUCUGUAUAUGAUUGGAAGAGUGCCUGACAGGUUUCUCUGCCCCCAGGUAAUGCCCUAACUCUUGUCAUUGUGCCUGACUUGGGCCAAUAGGGAUUAGCUCCUCAGGAUUUGGGGUCAAAAAAGGUCCCUGAGAAAACAUACCCAUUGCCUUUUAAGCUAACAUUUGUGAAGGAACUCAGAACUUCUAGGGCUACAUAAAUGUAGAACCCCAUGAACCGGGUCACACAGACAGCUGGAGGAAAGUAGAGAUGACAGGAACAAGACUGGGACCCAGAAGGAUCAAGGUCUGGGGGCUUCCUCACAGUCGUAGCCAAGAGUGGUCCUCUCUAGGGGGAUGGGCACUGCUACCUACAGGCACUUGACAGGGGAUCAUCAUGCACACCGUGGCCCCUCUCCCAUCUCAGAUAUGGAAGCAAAUGGAGGAAGGGGGACACCUGAGGUCAGGUGAACCCACCAGUCAUCAAUUCCUGAGCAUCCCUUCUGCUUGAGGAACACUCUCUAUCAAUGCACUGAGAGUAUCUGCUUCCCAUAUAGCAUCGUCAAAUGCUUUCAUAAUUCAUGUUGUACCAUGCCUCUGUUGGAGUCUAUGUAUAUUUUAGAUAUCCCUGUUAAAAUUCGUGCAGCUGGUUUUGAAGACGUGGGGAAAAUGGGCAAAUCAAAUGGGAAAAUCAUACACUUGGAGGUUUUUAUUCAGUAAACAAACAGCAUGGACUAGUCGCCACUGAAACCCCACGCUUUCAACUCAACUCCUUUCUUUUUCUUCUUUUAUUUAAAUACAUGUGUAGAUAUCUGUGAAGAUUGUCACAUACCUAUUUACCUUGUCACUAAUAAAAUGAAAAAAUAAAGACAUGA